AAAAAUUAAUAACAUUUUUGAUUGAUAAAUCUAUUUAGCCUAAGUAAGUCUAUAGUGUGCAUCGAACAACUUCACCCUAACAAUUAAAAGCCUGUUACGACACCAGCGCGUACAAAGACCAUAUCCUGACCGCAUUUGAACAAUUGCCGGGAUUUUGUUGUUAUAAAAUAGUUAAGCAUAGCUAAAAAAAGUAUGGUAGAUAUCAAAAAACUUAAAUAUGUUGCUUCGAUACUAAUGUUCAUUUUAGUUGCUGGAAAAAAACCUGUCACCCGUCCAGAAGUUGAGCUACUAAACGUUUUAUUCCGUAACUAUAAUUAUGACGCCCUUCCCACUGAACCUGGAAAACCAGUCAACUUAACCUUUGAUCUAGCUAUAAGACAAGUUCUAGAUAUGGAUGAAAAAAGCCAAAUUUUGGAAGUGAGCUCUUGGAUUAGACAUUAUUGGAAUGAUCCAUAUUUAACUUGGAAUUCUAGUGAAUGGGAAGGUAUAACCAACAUUGCAGUUACACCUGAUAAGAUUUGGAAGCCAGAUAUAACGCUUUAUAAUAACGCUGAAAGAGAAUUCCAAGGACUGGACCAGUUUGGAAAAACUAAAGUUACUGUUUAUAGUGAUGGUAGAGUUGUAUGGUUAAUACCGAAAAUUUUACGAAGCGCUUGCAAGCUCGAAAUGACUUAUUUCCCAUUUGAUAAUCAAGUAUGCUCGUUGACUUUUGGCUCUUGGGCUUAUGAUCAAACAAAUGUUGAUCUUUUUCCGCGUCGUCCAAAAGGAGAUUUGUCAUAUCUCUCAAAAAACGGAGAGUUUAUAAUCGACGGUUUUGAAGUUAGACGGACCUCAGAGAUGUUUAAUUGUUGUCCAAACCCAUAUGUAACUUUAAGUUAUUACAUCUCGCUUCACCGAAGAGCCAAGUUUUACUUGUUUAAUCUAAUUAUUCCUGGUGCUUUAAUAGCUAUUUUGUCGUGUUUCUCAUUCUUUCUUCCUCCUCUUACCGGGGAGAGAGCUGGAUUGGUUAUUACAAACUUUCUUUCUUUGUCCGUCUACGUUUUGAUUGUCUCAGAUUCUGUUCCACCAAGUUCUGAUACAGUGCCAUUGUUGGUUAAAUUUUAUACGGUGUUAAUGUGCGAAAUUGGUCUUGCGCUAAUGUCGAAUUGCGUAAUUAUAAUGGUAGCUGCAAAAACAGUUCCUGUUCCUAAUAUUGUAAGAGUAAUCUUUUUCAACAACCACAUCCAUAACUGCGUUGAGUAUAUGAAAAACAGGUUUUUUUCUAAACUCAAAACUAAACAAAACUUCAAUAGAACAAUUUUUAUUGAUGUUAAAGACGAUCCUGAAAAUGAUACCAAAAGAAAGGAACCAAAAAAUACGUUUAUUAUGAUAAAAGAGCGACUUUUUAAUGCAAGAAUGACCGUUUGUAAUGAUAAGGUUAGUAAUACGGAAAAAAAACCUCUUCACCCAAUAGUUGAGCGGACAACGUCGCAACAAUCCAACUUACGACCUGAAUAUGAAAUGCAUUCCAACAUUGGCAAAGAGGAUCAAAAUAGUUUAAACAAUAUAAACCAUUUUUUUGCUACUAACACUAUGGAGCAAAAGAUUCGACAAGAUUGGGAACACGUGGUCAGAAAAAUUGAUCAAAUUUUUUUUGUUUUGUUCAUGGUUUUGAUUACUCUUAGCGUGAUUAUUAUCUUCUCUGCUGCUCCAAACAUUCAUUUUUGAAGUUUCAAGUUAUAGAAACUGAAAACCAACCGUCAUCAUAUAAAUAUUUUAAAAUCUCUUAAUUGGAGUUUGCAAAUGGUGUUAAUUAAAAACAGAUUUAAAAAUUUCAAAGUUACUGAUUAAAA